AUGGGCAAAGGUCGGAGAUUAACAAUUAGUAGGAGCGAGCGGUUUCUCGGAGAUCAUCACCAGUUCGGUGAUCGCCACGUGGAUGGAGAAACCGCCGUCGAGUUGGAGCUCAUGGAAGAGGAUGUCUGGUCGGUGCUCGACACUGGCGAACCAACAGACGAAAGCGCGUGGACCGCACGCUCUCUCGAGUCAAAUGGUAGUGAACGGAGACGGAACGGUGGCCAAACCGUUACCGGCGAUGGACGGACGAAGAGACACGUGGCGACUUCUGCGCCAAUGAAUGUGCCUGAUUGGAGCAAGAUCCUGAAAGUGGAGUCUGUCGAAUCAAUGCAUAAUAAUGACGUGGCGGAUGGUGAUUGGGAGAGUGAGAUGGUGCCGCCUCAUGAGUACGUGGCGCGUAGCCGUAAAGGUGAAGGUGGUUCCUCGGUGUUUUUGGGCGUGGGGAGGACGUUGAAGGGACGAGACAUGAGACGGGUCAGGGACGCCGUGUGGAGCCAAACCGGGUUCUAUGGUUAA